AUGGUCGAGGUUUCAUUAACAGUUGGUAAAUUAGAUGCAUCAUUAGCAUUAUUGCUAACCAAAGAUCAUCAUUUAAUUGAAUUCCCAACAAUACUAUUACCAAAUGGCGUAAAAGCAGGUUCAAUAAUCAAAUUAAAAUGUGAUCAAGAUUAUGAAAGUGAAAAAGAAGAAGAAAUAAAAUUUGAUAAACUUCAACAAGAAAUUUUAGAAACAUUUACAACAAAUUCACCAAAAUCCCCAACCCUCAGAAUAAAAAACAUAACUCAAACUUCAUGUGUUUUGGAAUGGGAUUCAUUAAAUUUAGGUACUUCAAAUUUAAAAAAUUUAAUAUUAUUCAAAGAUGGUAAAAAAUUAGGAUCAAUCCCACAACCUCUUAGUAAUCAUACAUCGAAAUUAUCAGGAUUACCAAUUGAUAAACAAUUCAAAUUUCAAUUAAGAUUAGAUACAACCGCAGGUACUUUAUGGAGUAAUGAAAUUGAAUUAAAAACUCAUAAAAUGACUGAUUUAUCUGGUAUAACUGUAUGUUUAGGUGAUUUUUCACCUAAUGAUCCAUUUAACAAAGAAGACAUUGAAAAUACUUUAGUGAAAAUGGGUGCUAAAACUCCUUCUCAAUCAGAGGUUAAAGUUGAUACUACUCAUUUCUUAUGUACUAGAGAAAAUAAAAAUAAUUCAGAAUUCAACAAGGCAAAUGAUAUGAAUAUUCCAAUUAUAAGACCUGAAUGGUUAAAAGCUUGUGAAAGAGAAAGAAGAAUUGUUGGAGUUAGAGAUUUUUAUUUAAAAGAUUGUGUAUUACCUGAUUUGUUUGCUAAGAAUUAUUGGGCUGAUAGUAGUAAGAAUAUUAAAUCUGCUUCUGCUUCAACAAAUCAAGUCAAUUCUGAAAUUGCUACAGCUCAAUCAAAUAAAGAACCACCUGCUUCAACUGAGGAAAUAAAUACAGCACCAAGUAUCAAUGUGGAAGACUUAGCCCAACCUGUCGAAAAAACGGAAGUUGAAGAUCCAAUUAGUGGGAAAGAAGUCGAAAACUCAAACGAUGUAACUGAAGAUGGCAUAAACCCCAAUGAAGAUAUUGAUAUAUCUGAAAAAAUAGACCUUGAACAACCCAAAGAAAUCAGUGAAGAUCAAAAUAAAGAAACAUUAGCUGCUGAACCACUUGCAGAACAAAAUGAUGAUCUCUCCAAUAUAAGAGAAGAAGUCAGAAAUAGUGUAGUACAAACAACUGAACCAAAUUCAGCUGCUGCUGUCCAAGAGAUAGUAGAAGGACCAACAGAUGAUAAAAAGGAAGAAGUUGAAGAAGAAAAUAAAGAGGAAUUAAAACAAGAUAUAGAUGAUGCUUUUGAUACUGUGCCUUUAGAAGAUAAAAGACCAAAAGAUGAAGUAAGAGAAAAAAUUGAAGCAGAAGUUGACAAACAAGAAGCUGAAUUAGAGGCCGAAGAGAAAAAUCAGGUCGUUGCGGAGGAGGAACCUUCUGCUGAAGUCACUAAAGCUAAUGAAGAUGAAAAUAAGGAAGAAGAGAAAGGUCAACAGGAAGAAGAGGACGAAGAGAACGAAGACGGAGAUGAAACUGAGGAGCAAACUUCCAAAGAGAACUCACCAUCACUACAAGGAACUUCAAAUAAAAAGAAAAAGAAUAUUAAAAAGAAAAAAGCAGGCAAAAAGAAGUAA